UCGAGGAAGGAGGCAGGCAGUAUCAAUGACAUCAACCAGCAGUAUCUGAAGCUGCCCGACCAGCAAUGCUCUCCCGACAAAAGGGCUGAGGAGCAGCCGUGUACCGGUCGGUCCGACAGCCAGGACGGUGGGGAAACACCGGCGAUGUGUACAUGCGCCCUCGACAAAGGCAGACCUUUCUCUGAGUGGAGCUCUGCUGCCACUGGAUUACAUUUAUCCGAGCUCUUUCAGAGGACCCUUCCAGCUGUAAACCCACCCACAUGAAUCUACCAGACAGAAAAGAAUACGGAGCACUUCCUGCCGAGAGUGCCUACCCCUGCUGAGUGAAGCCCUCCCCAUAUCUCCAUCAUCUCCAACCAGCCCACGGUGGUGCCAUGCCUCUGCCCAGGACAAGUGUUCUAGCCCAGUCCAGGAGGCCAAUCCUGGGGCUCAGCCUGAGCCCCUCUCCCCUGUGCAUGCUGCUGUCUUUGAUAAUCCUGCUAACCAGCUCUUUGAGCAGCGUGUGUGGUGCAUUGGCUCCCCCGAAGUUCACCAAGAUUCCCACAGACCAGAUUGGAGUAUCAGGGGGUGUUGCAUCAUUUGUGUGUCAGGCCACUGGCAAUCCCAAGCCUGUUGUCUACUGGAACAAGAAGGGCAAGAAGGUCAACUCUCAGCGUAUUGAGACAAUAGAGUUUGAUCAGGGUGCAGGUGCUGUGCUGAGGAUCCAGCCGCUCAGAGCACCUCGAGAUGAGAACAUCUACGAGUGUGUGGCACGCAACAGUGAGGGAGAGGUGUCCGUCACUGCAAAGCUCGCCAUUAUUAGAGAGGACUUGUUGCCAUUUGGUUUCCCCAGUAUCGACAUGGGUCCGCAGCUGAAGGUGGUGGAGCGGACGAGGACGGCCACCAUGCUGUGCGCUGCCAGUGGCAUUCAUGACCCAGAGAUCUCCUGGUUCAAGCCUGUCGAACCCAGCACCAGCCAAGGUCGUAUCAAACAGCUUCGAACAGGAGCCUUACAAAUUGAGAACAGCGAGGAAACGGACCAAGGGAAGUACGAGUGCGUGGCCACCAACUCCCAAGGCGUGCGCUACUCCUCCCCCGCAAACCUAUACGUGCGAGAGCUUCGAGAAGGAGCGACAGACACAUUGCGCCGUGUGCCCCCUCGUUUCUCCAUCCUCCCCUCCAACCAUGAGAUCAUGCCAGGAGGCAGUGUCAACAUCACCUGUGUGGCCGUGGGUUCGCCCAUGCCCUACGUCAAGUGGAUGCUGGGCACCGAGGACCUGACCCCCGAGGAUGAAAUGCCGAUUGGCCGCAAUGUGCUGGAGCUCAACAGUGUCCGGGAGUCUGCGAAUUACAGCUGUGUGGCCAUGAGUAGCUUGGGUAUCAUCGAGGCCACUGCACAGGUCUUAGUCAAGACUUUGCCAAAGCCUCCUGGCACACCCAUUGUCACAGAGACCACCGCUACCAGUGUGACCAUCACUUGGGACUCAGGCAACCCAGACCCCGUCUCCUACUACAUCAUACAGUAUCGAGCCAAAGGUCCAGACAGCAAGUACGAGACGGUGGACGGCAUCACCACCACCCGCUACAGCAUCGGGGGACUGUACCCCAACACUGAGUAUGAAAUCAGAGUGUCGGCUUUCAACAGCAUCGGCCAGGGGCCCCCGUCUACACGUGUGGAGGCUCGCACAGGAGAGCAGGCACCAGCCAGCCCUCCUCGAAAUGUCCAGGCCCACAUUAUUUCUCAGAACACCGUGAUGGUGCGCUGGGAGGAGCCGGAGGAGCCCAAUGGACAGGUGAAAGGCUAUCGCGUGUACUACACCAUGGACCCGUCCAGGCCUAUCAAUGAGUGGCAGAUCCAUAACGUCCAGGACAGUGUGAUCACCACCAUUCAAAACCUCAUAACCUCAGAAACCUACACCAUCCAGGUCCUAGCCUUCACCUCUGUGGGAGACGGACCCUUCUCAGACCCCGUGCAUGUUAAAGUCAUGCCUGGAGUCCCAGGCCAACCAGGGAAGUUCAGAGUUGGUAGGGUGACAGACACCAGCAUUGAGCUGACCUGGGAACCUGCUUACACCAAGGAGGGCAUUGUCAACUACGAGCUGCUCUAUAAACCUGUCAAGUUUGGCAGUUUGGAGAAGCUGACCUUUGGGCCGAGGAAUUCUUACACUGUGGAGGGUCUGAAAGCGAACAUAGAGUACUCCUUCUCCCUGGCUGCCAUCUCAAGCAAAGGCAUCGGAGCUUUCACUAACGAACUGGUGCAGAGGACGUCACAAGCCAAGCCCUCAGCUGCACCCAAGGGUGUGUCCUGUGAGAGUGCCAGCUCCACCUCACUGAGAGUAAGUUGGACGCCGCCUCCAAGGGAGGGCCAGAAUAGCGAGUUGGCAGAGUAUGAGCUGAGAUACCAGAGAGUUUCUGGAGCAGAAGGCGGAGGUCAGGGCCAGGAGGUAAAGGGGCUUCCUGUCCCAGCGAAGCAGGGGCAGACACUGGUAGAGGGGCUGGAGAAAUGGAGCUGGUACAGCAUCACCAUUGCAGCGUCCACUACAGAGGGCACUGGACCCAGCAGCCUGGCUGUGCUUUGCAGAACUGAUGAGGAUGUUCCUGGUGCAGCCCCUCGUCAAGUGGAUGUCCAGCCACUCAACUCCUCAGCACUGAGAGUUACUUGGCGAUCAGUGUUGCCCUGGUUACAGCAUGGCCAGAUCCGUGGUUACCAGGUGCAUUUCAGUCGUGUAGAAAACACUGAAUCACGCAACCUCCCCCGGAUCAAAGAUCUCUUAUUGGACGAGUUUCAGAUGGAGGAGGAUGACUUGACUCAGUAUGAGCUGAUUUUGGGAGGUCUGAAAGCAGAUACUUUGUACUCUGUCUCAGUGGCAGCAUACACCAUCAAAGGGGAUGGAGCACACAGCAAAGCCAAGCUGGUGCAUACCCUGGGGAUUGUGCCUGGCCCCCCCUCCCUUUGGUUGCAUCCAGGAUCAGGUCCAUCAGUGAUGGUGCGGUGGGCUCCUCCGCUAGAGUGCUCUGAACCUGGUUCUGAUAGCCGAGGGGCCCCAGUAGAAAUCCAGGGCUACCGCCUACAGUUUGGCCUGAAGAAUACCUCUUUAGACACCACAGUGGAUUUCACGAAUCGGGAGAAAAACUUCACUGUCAGAGACCUCUCCCCGGGCACCUCCUACAUCUUUGUCCUUUCUGCGAAGAGCACAGCAGGCUAUGGAGAUGUAGUCCAGCAGGAGAUCACAGUUCCCAUGUUCCCGCCCCUGGGAUACCCCAAAAUAUCUGGCUUUGUUAAUGCCUCAUGCUGCUCCUUCCAGUUCUCCUGGCUGCCCCCUACCCCAGAGGAGUCCAACGGUGUCAUUACAGAAUACACCAUAGCUUACAAAGAGGCUGCAGACCCCAGACCCUCUGCUGACCCUGGCCCCUAUGCCUUACCAGCCCUCUCUGUUUCUCCAUGGCUGAUAACACUGCCAGCAAGUGAGUCCAGUUACACCAUCCUGGGCCUCAAUCACAGCACAGUCUACGAGUUGCAGCUCAAAGCCCACAACAAAGCAGGGCCGGGCCCCUUCAGCCCACCUCUGGUGUGCCAAACCCUGGCCUUUGAAACAGAUGUGCCAAGGAACUUUUCAGUCAAUUUGGCCACUAAGACCAGUGUUCUUCUGACCUGGGAGUUUCCAGAGAACUUCAACAACUCUCUUCCCAUCUUCCAGGUGGAGUAUAACCGGGAGAAGAUGGAGAUGGAUGCUCAUCAGAGAAAGGCAGUCAUCCGAAACCUGCAACCUGACACCAGCUAUGACUUCAAGAUCACUGCUCCUGAAGGCAACAUGGGAGGCCUUCGCCACCGCAUCACUGCCAAGACCUCCCCGCCAAUCACCAUCCGCCGCCCUGAGAUUGACCACACCCGUGACACUGAGACCACCAUCACCAUAAUCUUGCCGUCGCUGGAGACUCGUACUCCUGUCAAGAAUGUUUAUGUUGUGGUGGUUCCCCUGAAGAGAGCCCGUGGUGUCAUCAAACCGCUCAAGAGCCCAGAUGAAAUGGACCUAGAAGAGCUGUUAAAAGACAUCAGUCAAAGGCAGAGAGAUUCUCGGCAGCAGAAGCAGGUGGACUUGCGUCGAGCUUACAUCACAGCUCGUUUCACACCUGCCACGCUUCCGGCGUUCUUCACCCUGGGGGAUCAGCUGGACUACGGAGGCUUUGAGAACCGAGCUCUAGAGCCGGGGCAGGAGUACGUCUUCUUCAUCCUGGCUGAGCUCAACUCCACAACCGGGAAAAUGUAUGUGGCCAGCCCUUACACAGAUUCAGUGAUUGCUCCAGAUUCAGACCCUCAGCCCCUCGACGCAGGUGACGGCCUGAUCUGGGUGGUGGGACCUGUCCUGGCUGUGGUCUUCAUCAUCUGCAUCGUCAUCGCUAUCCUCCUUUACAAAAACAAGCGCAAGGACUCAGAACCAGGGACUAAGAGCCUUUUGAGCAAUGCAGAGAUGAUGGCCCAUCACCCGACAGACCCCGUGGAGAUGAGACGCAUCAACUUCCAGACUCCCGGAAUGAUGAGCCAUCCUCCCAUCCCCAUCAGCGAGCUGGCGGAGCAUAUAGAGCUGCUGAAAGCAAAUGACAACCUGAGACUCUCCCAGGAGUACGAGUCCAUCGACCCUAGUCAGCAGUUCACCUGGGAGCAUUCAAACCUGGAAGUCAACAAGCCCAAAAACCGCUAUGCUAACGUCAUAGCAUACGACCACACCAGAGUCAUCCUGGCUCCCAUAGAAGGUAUCCUGGGGAGUGACUACAUCAACGCCAAUUACAUUGAUGGCUACCGGAAGCAGAAUGCCUACAUUGCUACCCAGGGGCCACUGGCGGAGACAUUCGGGGACUUCUGGAGGAUGGUCUGGGAGCAGCGGACUGCCUCUGUCGUCAUGAUGACACGCCUGGAGGAGAAGUCUCGGAUAAAGUGUGACCAGUACUGGCCAAGUCGCGGCACAGAGACGUACGGGAUGCUGCAGGUCACCCUGCUGGACACAAUGGAGCUCGCCACCUUCUGUGUUCGCACCUUUUCCCUGCAUAAGAGUGGCAGCAGUGAGCGAAGAGAAGUGCGUCAGUUCCAGUUUACAGCCUGGCCAGAUCACGGUGUGCCGGAGUACCCCACACCCUUCCUCAACUUCCUCCGCAGGGUCAAAGCCUGCAAUCCUCCUGACGCCGGGCCCAUCAUUGCACACUGCAGUGCCGGUGUUGGUCGCACCGGCUGUUUUAUCGUUAUUGAUGCCAUGCUGGAGCGGAUUCGACACGAGCGCACAGUUGAUAUCUAUGGCCACGUGACCCUGAUGCGCUCGCAGAGGAACUACAUGGUGCAGACGGAGGACCAGUACAGCUUCAUCCAUGAGGCCCUGCUGGAGGCUGUGGCCUGUGGAAACACUGAGGUGGCAGCCAGGAGUUUGUACUCCUACAUGCAGAAGCUGUCCAAGGUGGAGAGCGGAGAGCAUGUCACUGGCAUGGAGCUGGAGUUUAAGCGUCUGGCUAAUACCAAAGCCCACACAUCCCGGUUUGUCACAGCCAACCUGCCCUGCAACAAAUUCAAGAACCGACUGGUCAACAUCAUGCCCUAUGAAACCACCCGCGUCUGCCUCCAGCCAAUCAGAGGCCUGGAGGGCUCCGACUACAUUAACGCCAGCUACAUUGAUGGAUACAGGCAGCAGAGGGGAUACAUUGCCACCCAGGGUCCACUGGCUGAGACUACAGAGGAUUUCUGGAGGAUGCUAUGGGAACACAACUCCACUAUAGUGGUCAUGCUCACUAAACUGAGAGAAAUGGGACGGGAGAAGUGUCACCAGUACUGGCCGGCUGAACGCUCAGCCAGGUACCAGUACUUUGUGGUGGAUCCCAUGGCAGAGUACAACAUGCCUCAGUACAUUCUCCGAGAGUUCAAAGUUACAGAUGCCAGGGAUGGCCAAUCGCGCACGGUGCGUCAGUUCCAGUUCACCGACUGGCCAGAGCAAGGCGUGCCCAAAUCCGGGGAAGGCUUCAUCGAUUUCAUUGGCCAGGUGCACAAAACCAAGGAGCAGUUUGGCCAGGAUGGACCAAUCAGCGUUCACUGCAGCGCUGGCGUGGGCCGGACAGGCGUCUUCAUCACUCUGAGUAUUGUCCUGGAAAGGAUGCGUUACGAAGGGGCGGUGGACAUUUUCCAGACUGUGAAAAUGCUCCGGACACAGAGGCCAGCCAUGGUGCAGACUGAGGAUGAGUACCAGUUCUGCUACCAGGCUGCCCUUGAGUACCUGGGUAGCUUUGACCACUAUGCAACAUAAGUGAAGCUACAACCAUCCAUCCAUCUUUGAGUGAACAAGUGAAACAAGAGAACGACAGCCUAAAAUAACACGAACAUUGGACGUUUUCCGGGAGCGAGAUUCAAAGUGGACAUCUACACCAACAACGACAAAAAGCAACAACAAAUACACCUACGAGAAAUCUGUGUCUAACAGCGCCCACAUUCAUCAGGAACUUCCGACGAGGAGCUGGUGGGUGUGGAGACUGUCCAUGUGUAAUCCAUAUACUUACCUCAGUGUUCCAGUGUGAAGGACGUAUAAUACAUGUGUGUUGUGGUCAGCUAUCUCCAAUAUGAACCAGUGAAAUACUUCUGGCUUCUGAACAGGAAUUAUGAUACUUUAAGUGUAUAAACUACAAAAAGUAAAAAACAAAACAAAAAAAACAAAACACAAAGAGCCUGGAUAUUUGCUGCACCCUACAUGGGCUUUUUAUCCUCAACUUUGUAUCUAUUAGUUUGGUGUAUUAAGGGGUUACAAAGUGCAAAGGUGAACAUUUCUAUGUGUCUAUAAGUCUUUCAAAGGUGUCUACUACUGUACUACUGCAGGUAGUUCUGAUGAUAAAUUAAAGCAGGUGAAUAGACGAUGCCUCAGCAGAAGCCUACAGUGAGGACUCACCACCCUGAGGACUGUUGAAGAAGCAUGUGGAUGCUCAUUUACCCGACGCACAGUGCCAAGAGAAACCAUGCAGCGUGAACAUAAACUGCAGCCCACCAGGAGAGAUGGCUCCCUCUCUGAUCCAGCAUAACACAAAGUCUGACUAGAGACCACUCUUAAACACUGGCCAAGGAUCAGUUCAUACUUCCCACUCGUGUCCUCACUCAGUAACAGCUGGCCUCAGAGCAGUAAUUAGAGGCCAUCAUAUCGUCCACUGGGCUGAGGUUUGUAGUCCAGUGCAUUCUUCAUUCAACAAAGCUCGCUUGCUAUAUUUGCUAUAAUCAUUGUUCACCCUCCAGUUCAACUCCUCUUGAUGUCAGUUCCAUUGUGUCAAUUCCAACAGUGACAUAUUGAAAGAGAUGCUAAUGAAAGAGUUCUGAUCCCUUUAUUUCUUGAAUUUAAAACCAUUCUCACCCCAUUUCUCCAGAGGUGUCUGUUUUUACUGUACGUCUUUGCCUUAUGCCGACCUGUUGCUUGUGUUUUAACAUGCUUAAUUCUUCAUGCAUUGUGUGUUAAAUUUUUAUUGUCAUGCAGUAUCUUAACUUGAGGAUGAAAGUUGUUUCCUGAUCAUCUUCCUCCUCUUAAACUUACCUACUUGAAGUGCACCACUUUGCAGAUAAAUAUAUUUUAUUUUGAGCAAUGAAAGAUUAUGAGAAAAAUCCAUAAAAGAUUCAAGUGGUGAAUUGCUCACUUUGAACAGUCCUCUCCCCCUUUUCUGCCUCCAUAUAAGCUCAACUGCAAAGCUCUCUGUCCCUAUAUUACACUGUACAGAACAUCCCAACUUAACCGACUGAUGUUUUCCCCUUCGUUUAACUCCAGUACAACUGCACAAGUCCUUGAUAUUGAUAUAUAUUGUUUCUUGAUUUGUCAUAUAAUCAUAAUUGGUCCCACGUGGUGAUUGAAGAGCACAGAGAUGAUCCGGUGUAUCAGCCAUUUUCAGGCGAUUUCACAGAUUUUGUACAUACAGUCUAUCAUUGGAGUCCUAUACAGUGCAGUUAUAUAUGUCUGAGCACAAGAUAUAAUGUGGGAUUGGAUGUGAUGUAGUUCUUAUUGUCGCAAAAAAAAAGCCUUAUUGUUAUUGUUCACUUUGUCAUUGUUAUUUCAUAUGAUUUUUUUAAGAUGUAUAUUAUCCUAUUUUGUUACUUUUUAUGUUUGUUUUUAAUUAUUUAUUUGGGAUAUCUAGCCACUAUUACCAAUGAGAUGUUGUUUACUUGUUUUUUGGCGAGCCAAUGUUAAAGUACGAUACCAUCACUGUUUGUUUUUUUACUUUUAGUGGUCGGUUUUGGUGCUUUUUUAAUUUGCUUUAUUAUUAUGAAGUACACCCUAUGUGUAGGGUGCUAUUUGAUACUGAUUACUGAUGUCCGACUAGUUAACUAGAGAUGUACAUUAGAUGCAGAGUUAGUUUGAGUUUACAGUGAUGCCCUGUCCCCUCGCUAGCAACGGUAGUGGUGUAAUCAUAGCAAGGGAGGUAUGAUCCCACCCUGCCGUGAUAGUUUUUUGCACCAGAGAAAUUAGAUUUAUAGAGCAGAGUUGCUGGUGAAAAGCUCAGACAAGCUGUCGGUAUUUUCUUUGCUGGAAAGCACAUGGUAGCAAGUGUAUUUUUGAAAGAGAAUGGGUAAGAAUCGCCCAACACACCUUUAAAAGCUAUUCUUUAAAUCUGAAAUUAUUCUAUUAACUUUUGUGUGGUCCAGAAGUCUUGAUGAUGUGUGACAUAUAUGAAAUAUGUUAUUCCUUCAAUUUCUAAUGAUUAUUGUGUCAAGAGAAAUAUAAAGACACACACAAAACAUAAUAUGAAAUAUGUUGAGGGCCAGCUAUGGUGAUGCCAUCCUCCUCACUUAUGUACCUGUUCUUUCCUUUCAAACAAUGGAUGUAGAUAAUGUAUCUUGACUUUGUAUUAAAAGCAGGAUGAUUGGCUAUACAGCACAAUGA